AUGGUCUUCCCUCUUGCGCCCGUCGCUUCAACGACGGCUUUUAGAGAGAAGCUGGUAGACAUGUCUGUGUUCAGUUCCCGGUAUCCGCCGAAGUCGCAUGCAUCUAGCUCGAUCGAGGACGUCCUGCGAGGUUCAGGAGCUCCUGGUAUCUUCAACUCGUCGGAGGUCCUUGACGAAGACUAUGGCAUCUAUAAUUGGUGCAACAUGCCUCACGUUCGAGCCACGGAAUACCCCUUUCCCAGCCCCGAUUACACGUUGGAAUACGUAGAGGUCGUUCAUAGGCACCACAAACGUACCCCCUACCGUGGGAACAUCUUCCCGGAGGAAGACAUCACUUGGGACUGUUCCUCAGAUCGACCAUAUCACUACGCUCGAAACGCCUCGGGACCGGCUAACCAGGUUGUACCGAUCUCUUGGCAGGGGGUCAGGGAUGAGGUCAAUCCGUGGGCAGCCGCUGCUCCGGUAGGGUUCAAGGGGUCAAACUGUCAGUUCCCUCAAGUCACGGCUGAGUCUAUCGUCGACGCCCAAAUUCAUGGAGAGCAUUUACGAGAAGUCUACCACGACCGGCUCGGCUUUUUACCCGCUCAUCACAAUCAAUCUGAGAUGGUCUUCAGAGUCACUAAUAACGAAAUCACUUCGCAAGUCCUUGGAGGGAUCGCGAAAGGCCUGUAUCCCGAUCUGAAUGACCUCGUUGCGAACAUCCAGAGCCCCGCAUUCGAUUCGCUAGAACCGGCCUUCUCCUGCAAGCUUGCCGAUCAGCUCAGAGCGAACUAUACCGGUCCGGGUACUCCAUGGGCGGCACAUCUUCAGGCUGCUUCAGAUGUUUUUGACGAGCUGGACGCCGUGUCUGGUAUCCUUAGGCACGACAAUGGCGGUUGGCAUACAUCGUUCGAUCACUAUUAUGACAACUUGAGUGCUAAACAAUGCCAUUCGAAGGCUCUGCCGUGCAAUUCAGGCGAUACCGGUGUCUGUGUCAAUCAGGAACUUGCCAACACCGUAUAUCGGCUCGGUCAAUUCGAAUACUCUUACCUCUUCCGUGAUGCCAAAAACUCGACCGCAUACUCGACAUUAAGGUCCGGACCUUGGAUGAUGGAAGUCAAGGAUCAUAUCGAAUCUAGAACCGCGGGAAGCUCGGUAAAAUAUAGGCACAAUAUCGCUCAUGAUGGCUCGUUGGCGGCUCUACUAGGCUUCUUGCAGAUUGACCAGAUGGUUUGGCCCGGGAUGGGGGCCGAGAUCGUCUUCGAGGUUUGGAAGAAAGACGGAAGCGCUCGAUUCGUCCGGGUCCUCUGGGGUGGUCAGCCUAUGAGGACCUCGACACCCUUAGGCACGCUCUCUAUGGUUGCACUGGAAGAUUUUCUGGCGUUUUUGGACGCUUCAAUCCCUGAAGAUAUGAUAGAGCUGUGCUCCAGGUCUGCCUAG